AUGAAGGAUGCAUCGUGUGAUAACGGCCCUCGAGCACCAUUGCUGGCGGCCGUGAAUGUCGAAUCACAGGUGCAUUUGAUCAUCGGAUCAAACCCUCUGGCAGCUGCUCGUUGCAGCAAGAGCCUGGACGCCGGUGCAAAGCCGAUUAUCAUUGCACCAGAAACGGCUGAUCUGCAAUAUACUUUGUCUGAACGCAUUCAAAACGGUUCAGCAGAAUGGGUACGCAAAGAAUUCCAAGACGACGAUUUGACGACUUUGGGGCGGGAAGAAGUUGACCGUGUUGUGGACAUGGUCUUUGUCACUUUGGGCGGUAAUCACCCGCUGAGCCCACACAUUGCGAAACUGUGUCGACGUUUUAGGAUUCCGGUCAAUGUAUCAGACGCCCCGGAGCUUUGCACAUUUACUUUGCUUUCUACGUACUCGGAUGGCCCUCUUCACGUUGGUAUCACAACAUCAGGACGUGGAUGUAAGCUUGCUUCACGCUUAAGAAGGGAGGUUUCUUCUUCAUUACCAACAAACCUUGGAAGCGCCAUCGACAGACUAGGUGCAGUGAGGCGUCGCCUGUGGGAAGAAGAUCAAGCUGCCGGACUUUGCGAUACGGCUUUCGAGGGAGAUGAUGAUGAUGCAACGGGCCAAAAGCACACGUUCAACACAUUAGCUACAGAUGACGAAGUUUACAUGACUAGAACGAGACGCAUACGUUGGCUUUCUCAGAUUUGUGAAUACUGGCCACUCCGCAAACUUGCCUCUAUCACGGACUCUGAUAUCGACGACAUCCUCAAGGCCUACUCGUCUGGGAAUAACAAUGCGCGAGAAGUCAACGGCGUAACAGCGAGGAAAGGAAAGAUUAUCCUGGCUGGUUCUGGUCCGGGACACCCCGAUAUGCUCACCCGGGCCACAUAUCAUGCCAUCCAAAGCGCAGACAUCAUUCUGGCAGACAAGCUCGUACCAGAGCCUGUUCUAAACUUGAUCCCUCGGAGGACGGAAGUCCAGAUUUCCCGCAAAUUCCCCGGGAACGCAGACCAGGCGCAAGAAGAGUUCCUUCAAAUGGGACUAAAGGCAUUGCGCAGCGGGAAACAGGUACUCCGCCUGAAGCAGGGCGAUCCCUACCUGUACGGCCGUGGAGGCGAAGAGUUUGAAUUCUUCCGCAACGAAGGCCACAUUCCCUUGGUCCUACCGGGCAUCACCAGCGCACUGAGCGCCUCCUUGUUCGCUGAAAUCCCAGCAACCCAUCGCGGCGCAACGGACCAGGUUCUGAUCUGCACAGGAACUGGCCGGAAUGGUGCAGCACCUGAACCUCCUACCUACGUGCCUACACAAACAGUGGUCUUCUUGAUGGCCCUUCACCGGCUCUCAGCUCUCGUGGAAUCGCUGGUCAAUGCACCAGCAGAGGACAGUGGCGCCCGGCCUCGUACACCUUGGCCCAGAGACACGCCGUGUGCUAUCAUUGAGCGCGCCUCGUGCACUGACCAGCGCGUUAUCCGGACAACUUUGGAGCAUGUAUGCACAGCAUUUGAGGCAGAGGGCUCGCGGCCUCCAGGACUGUUGGUGGUUGGCGUCAGCUGCCAUGUCUUGCAUCGGCCUAAUGAACAGAAGUGGGUUGUCGAAGAAGGAUUCAAGGGUCUGGACGAGCUGCGGGAUCCGUCUAUAAUGAAUGAAGAGGGAUGGAAGGACUUCUAG